UUAUCUGGUCGGCAUUCGGUGCACUUGUGUCACGUUUCUCCCGGGAUUGAUUGUUUUCAUUCGAAAAGCGACGAAAUUACGCGUGACAGCCUGUUAGAGAGAGAUGCGCGGUAUUUCGCGAUGAGUUGAAAACAGUGGUCUGAUUUUUAUCAAAUCCAAGCAAUAACAAAGGUAAUAAUCGGCAUGUUUGCCCCGUCAAACCCCUAGACGAGCCGUAUACUUGCGGUGAGUGUUAAAAUGCAAUAAUUCCGUUCAGUUCUCUCCUGGUUACGGUGGCGCGAUCGAUUUUUUUAGGUUACGGAAAAUAUACGCAUGCGUCGAAUUUACCCGGAAAUUUUAGUUUUUUUUCUGAAUUUAAAAUUUUUAGUGGAUUAGUUGUGUGUAUUAAAAUGAGUAAAAACAGCUCCAAUAAGCCUGGCAAGAGCGCUCUGGCCAAUCUGUUGCUUGAAAAGAGAACGAGGUCCUCCGCCUCCGCCAUCGUAUCACCUGUUCUUCAACAAGUUGGGAAGUUGGCCGCUGGGGUCGCUAAUGUCAGCACUGGGUCUAGCUCUAGCAUGAAUUCGGGAUCGGCAACAGGCAAUCCAAGGAACAAGUGCUCUCUCCAACCGGGACAUUCCCUUAUGGACUGGAUCCGGUUGGGGUCCUCCGGGAGAGACCUCACCGGAGUCGGACCCAGAGCCGGCCAGCUUUCGGUAACGAAGCACGAGCUGUCCCAGCACAACAAGGAGUACGACGCUUGGCUGGCCAUCCGCGGCAAGGUGUACAACGUCACGGCGUACCUGCCGUUUCACCCGGGGGGGAUCCAGGAGCUCAUGAAGGGCGCUGGUAUAGACGCCACCAAACUAUUCGAUCAGAUCCACCCUUGGGUAAACUACGAACAGAUCCUACAGAAAUGCUACGUGGGGAGGCUUGUAGCCUUCGAACCCGGCGCGGACGUUGAAGCCCUCUUCUUCGGAAGCAGAACAAGCCCGACAUUCGAAAACGAUUCCAACAAAAAACCCUCCAUCAAAACUUGGGAGCCUCCCAAGAAGAGUCCUCUAGCAAGGCCACAGGAUCUACCGAAUAAAGAAGAACCGUGGCAGAAGGAAGAACACGUACCUCAGAAAUUCACUCUGCCGAUAAACUCUCCCGAAUUCAGAAAGCCGAGAAUAAAAUUUCUGGAAAAGUACCCUCCGAAAGUGGAUCCCGAACCCAAGGAGGACCAACCAGAUGACGGUCCGGUACUCCCGCGCUUCGACUGGAUCCAGAGGACGCGCUGGAUCAAUCUGAUGUUCUACACCAAGUCCUUCUCCAACCCCCUGGUGGAAGUUUUGCCCCCGGAUUACGAGCGGACUUUAGUGGUAACCCUCAUCUACGACGACACGAUCUUCACCAACGAGAUAGUGUUCCACGACAAAGUGAACUGGCCCUGCACCAUUCACGUGUCCUUCGAGACGGGCAAGAUCGAGUUGGAAUUCGAGAAGACCGAGUGGAAGAUCUGGGACGACGUCGGGGUGCUGCGGCAGGAGUGUAAACCGGUCGGCACCACCAUUAACUGUUGUGCUAAGUGUAAUUUCGUUUUUAGCGAAAAGAAGCAGGUGACCCACAACACCUUCCUUGUUAGGCUGGAGCGAACCGACGGCGCGAGGGUGGUGGUCCCCAUAGGGAGGCACGUGAGGGCGUUUGGAAACGUGGAGGGUCAGGAAAUGUCCAGGAGUUAUACACCCAUCCCCAAAACAUUCUUCACCCAGUUUGCGACACAGGGCCCCAUCACCGACUGCCUGUGUCUCAUGAUCAAGAGGUACGAGAACGGAAAUGUCAGUAGGUUCCUGACGAACAGCGAGCAGAACGACGUCAUCCACAUCACCAAACCCAUAGGCGACUUUGACUUGCAGCUGUUGCGUAAGAGGGAAACCUACCUUUUAUUGGCGGCCGGUACUGGAAUAACGCCCAUGUUGUCGAUUAUACAAUUCCUGUUAGAGAGACGAGUGAAAAAAUGCCAAUUUGCUAGACUACUCUUCUUUAACAGGAGGGAGGAAGACAUUCCGUUUCGAGAACAAUUUCAGAACUUUGUGGAAAUAGACGACAGAUUACGGGUCACCUACAUCCUGUCCGAGCCCAGCAAGGACUGGACUGGCCUGACGGGCCACGUCAACAAGGAGAAGAUCGACAACGCCAUCCAGGAACACAUCCGAGACACUGGCUACACGAUAGCCAACAUUUUCACCUUCAUCUGCGGACCAAACCCAUUCGUAGCUCUUUCGAUAGAAGAACUACACCAAGUAGGAUUAACCGACGAGCAAAUUUAUGCCUUUCAGGGAUAGCAGCAGCGCCAUGGUGGUGAUUCCGCGCACCGCUGUUCUCUUUCCUCGGUCGCGGACGGCAUCAGCGAUUUCGUUUUUGGUAUUUUUAAUAUGAUCGGGGACACCAGAAUCCGUUAAUAACUUCAGUUCGCAUAUCCUUUUCCUCUUUUAUUUUUAUUCGUGUGUUAAGGAUCUCGUAUGUCGUUUUACUUUGUUAUUGUUAUCUGUAAAAAGAUUGACGUAUUUUAUGAAAUAUUUAUAUACGAUAAGGACUUGAGUGGAGGGAAAAUAUUCGUGAGGUUAAGUAAAAUGUACGACUUGGCAAAAAAAAAUUUGAAGGAGAAACAGGGGCUGACGGAACUCAAAAGAUAAGGAAGAUCACGGGCCUACCGCCUUUUGUUUUUCAGUUACGUUACGUCAAAGAUCAUUUUUUAAAAGCGAAGACUUGACGUCUAACUUCUCUUCAAACGUAAAAUCUUUAGCGUGCAAAUAAUUUUUGUCAUCAAAACCAAAAUUUUAGAAGUUUUCUGUCUCGAAGGACUAAAUUUCAGGUUUAAAUAUUAAAUUUUUAAUGUUUUCGGUUUAACUAUUAAAUUUUAUGAGUUCAAACACAAAAUUUCUAUUUGAAACACAAAAAACACUAAAUUCUAUUUCACACCAAUGCGGUAGCUAAAGUUUUAUCUUAAUAAUUCAACGCUCAAAAAUCCAAACUUUCAAUGAAUACAGUAAUUUCAAACAGAUUGUAUUGCGUUGAAAUUUGGUACAGGUAGCUAAGAUCCUACUCCCUGACUUUUUUCGAGGUUAGGUUUUUGACAGUUUGUGUUGUAUAUUAUAAUGUAAACAUCGAUUUUCCGUAAAAAUUUAGCCACCUUCUAUUCCUUAAUGUACGGGGUGUUAAUUAAAUACAUCGACUCACUUUAAAGGAUGAUUCCUUGAGUGAUUUUAAUAAAAAAAAAUCCUUUAGGAAAUACAGUGUUGAAAUUUAAAAAAAUUAUUUGAUGGUAAAAAUGCACUAGAGUGAACAGGCAUCCUGUAUAAGGUGUCCAGAAAAGAAUAAACCAUAUUUCAAGGAUGGCUUCCAUUUUGUACAUUGUAGAAAACCUAACCUCAAAAAAGCUGUCGUAAAUUAUUACUAGUUGGUCGUAGCUAGCGGUCUGUACCAGAUGAUCAAUAAACACUGACGUAUUUAGCAAACCUUGAAAAUUACUUGUACAUACCAAAUUUAUAUAGUGGUUUUUUUGGAAAAAAUAUCUUUAAAUUUUAAUUUUCAAAAUCUUAUGAUUAAAAAUUGGACGCGAUAGGCAUUUCAUCUGUAGGAAAAAGAAUUGUCUUAUUCUUGAUGUUCGAUAUGCUCGUGAACUCAUGGUACUGUUUUGCAAAAUACCGCUUAUAGUAACUUAAAAUUUGGGGAAAUAUAAUGAAUACCGUCAUGAGAAGAAUAGUUGUAAAUUUUUGAAAAUGGAGAUUGAAAAAUUUAAGGCAAUUAAAGUAAAACUUUUGUUAAUAAAUUUUAGGUAAGACUGAUCUCGUAUCAAAUUCAUACGAUUUUCUAAAGCGUGCUCGCGAAUAUUUUCCCUUAUUUUAAACCAUGUAAACUAUCAUCGAUGUAGUGAAUUUCUGAUUCAUUCUUUUUUAACUUCCAACUUGUUGUUAGUAGUCUAUUAAAAUAAAACCAAAGCAAUACAGCACCUAGGGCUGGUCUUUUUAGAGGCAGACAAUGUUUUGAGGACACGCGAAACUAAAUAAUAAUAACUCACGGCGAUAGGUUUUCUCUUCUGUUCCGAGGCGAGAGUUCGCAUGUUUCUAACUUUUGAAUCAUGUUUUCUUGUGAUAGACUGCAUCGUUGUCUGUAUAUUUGUGUACAAUAUUUUGACUUUGAAAUGUAUAUAAAUAUAAUAAUAAUUAAUAAAU